CGUAUCGUGUCCCUUACUUAACAUCUUAGGCUCUCGGACCGUCACACCCAGGUCGCUUGAGGCAAAAGAGGCCUUGGCCAUAUCGUACUCGCAUUUUGGCAUCAUGCACUGACAUUUAACAAUUCUAAAAGUAGCAGCAUUAGGCUUGAGCUCAACUUUGCCGUCAUAGCCGCUCUAGUCAGGGGAAUCACCCUCUCACAAUGGUACAAACUUGAGCACAAACAGAAGGCAUCUGGUACGGCUGAUCAUGGGUCCAAACCUUCUGCAGAGAACGUAUCCAAGAAAAGAAACCACGGGGAAACGGAACCUGCCAAGGUCUUGAAGGGACCUCAUCCAAACAAGAGAGCCAAAACCGAAGUGCAUGAUCGUUCCAUUUCUAGACAGUCCAGCUUCAGGGCAUCAAACCAGAAACACGAGCCCUUCGAGACGAACAUCGGGCAGUCAUCUUAUCCUCGGAUCGAAUUCCUCGUUCAGCGGUAUGGCUCUGUCCCGCUUUCAGACACCGAGCUCGAAGAGCCUCUGUCUCCGAAGCCAGAGACCAUAAUGUCCCUGUUGCUGAAGGUCUUGUUCUCGUCGACCCGCAUCUCACACGAACUUGCCGCCAAAACAAUUGCUAGUCAUCAAGGCCAACUACCAUGAGAUUGUCUGCUUGGAAAAGUCUCAAUGGCUUGAGCGGACCCAAGUUCUGACCGAAGGAGGCUACACUAGAUUCAGGGGAGAAGACAGCCACAGGAUUGGGUGAACUAGUCAAACUUGUCGACGCGAAGUACAGCGAGUGUUAUUCUCGCCAUCCCAUUUUGGUAUACUUCACGUUGUUCCCUCGUCCAAAAAUAGAGUCGAGCCUGUCCUGCAGGGAAUUCCGCCACCGCCGUCAGUUUCGUUGAUUUGCGCACAUCCUAGAUGGCGAUUUGAACAACCUUUCCCCAAAACUUCGGAUGGUUUCGUCUCCAGAAGAGAGCCGUCUUCGGCUGAAAGAGAUCAAAGGUCUCGGAGAUGUUGGUGUUGAUAUCUUCAUGGACACCGCCCAGACUCUCUGGCCUUGUCUUGCCCCCUUCCUUGACCCACGCAGUGCAAAACACGGCAGACGCUGUCGGUGUCCCAAGCGGGGUGCAAAGGUUGUGGUCAAGACCCUGUCAAGAUGUGCAAGCUCGCUUCGACGUUGACUACCAUCAGACUCGACAAAUGCGACAAGGAAUUCCAAUGAAUCAACAACAAUUGAACGACUCGGAUAUGACAAAGAUGUGGUGCAUUCUCAUAAAAUUUCUCCCCUCCUGGUUUCAUGGAACAGCAUCAUCGAGGUUUCUGGAGAGGUCGAAUUAAGGCGCAGUCUACACAAGGGCACCGCGACACGUACGACGACAACUACCCCAUACUCAGCCUUCCAUUCUUCACUUUCUCCCCUCUCGUCCCACCAGCGCCUGACGGCACGCGAUUCCUCCAUACAGAAGAUGGCGUUGUUGUCACUUUGACAUGUAAAGGUAUGGUUUGUGAAGUACUCAAGAUUGUGUCGAGUGAAUGUGGCAUUUCCUCAUUAUUCUGAACACCGACCAUGUCAUGUCACAUGGACACGAUUUCCAUUCACUUCUCACUGACAACAUGGGCGGUUAGAAAAGUCAUUUCACUUGCAAGUCAUAAACAAACAGCAAGUAUCACAUACAUUUCCCUUUCCCAUUACCCGUCAUGAAUUGAACCUCUCUUCUUUUGUCUUCUGCUUCCACCCUUCCACCCUUCCACACUCCCAAGGAUCUCGCAAUCUCGCCGACCGUCGUCUCCAUCACGACUCACAAUUGACCCCUCUCACGACAUUGAAGAAUCAUGGCAAUGCUCCCAGACGUCCAAAGAAUCUGGCUCGUCUUCUUGCUUGUUCUUCUCAUCCUCCUGACCUUAUGUCCAAGUCAGACCUGUGCUCACCCUCACGCUCAUCCUGCAUCUGACACCGACAUCACCACCAACGUCACCUUCAUGACUGGCCGUCUAAACUUUACAGAUGCACUCUCACAUGGAUUUCUCGCCUCUGAGGCCGUCGAGGAGAAAGAAAAAUGCAAGUGCGACCCAGGUGAAUGUUGUAUCAAGUACGGGGACCACGACACGUGCUGUCACAGUGAUCAAGAUUGUUGUCCAGGAAUCAUUUUCUUCCCUCCAAGCAUUGUACAUCCAUGUUGUUGUCAAACUUCCAUCGACGACGACGAUGUCGGUGUGAAGAAUGGGUAUUGUGAUUACUCUUGCUGUUGAAACUGGACAAGCCAGGAGAAUAUGCCCGAUAGGACCAGGGAUCCAUUCCAUUUGAUUACACACAACUCGCCACGUACUACUAGUAACUCGGCUAUGCCUGUCAAGGUAUAUUCAUUCCCACGGCUCUUUUUGAUUGGGGGAAUGGAUAUUCAAUCGGCUGUCAAGAGAGUAACAAGCAAGAAAUUGGAGAGAGAUUGAAGAUUGGAUCACAAAGGGAGUGCUUGUGACAGUGGAAAAACGAACACACCGAG